CGAGGGGGCAGUUCUCUCGGAGGUUCCCGUUCGAUGCGUUUAGAUCCUGGACCGAUCCGGGUCCUGGCGCUUGGACUCAGUACACUUGAGGGUGCGUGUGGCACACCAGGAGGACGGGGCCCGGGGGCUGAGUGCAAAGCACAGGCCUGCCCGCGUGGAAGGCCUGGAGGCCGCGGCAGCCCCCGGAACCCAUCAGCCAGGCACGGCCUGCGACCUCGGGCUGCAGCCGGGAACCGGGAGGGCGGAACUGAGCGCCCAGCUCGGGGAUUGCAUCAAGUAGCCCUUCUGGGGCAUGAGGCGUUAUGGAGCCCUUGCCCUGGAGAGGCGGGUGCAGGGAGGAGUUACGAUAGACAGCAGUGCCUGCAGUGUAACACCGUGAUACGAGGGCGUGGUCAGGGGAAAAGUUCACUUUUGAUGCAAGGGCCCGAGCGAGCGCCUACUCAUCUUCACUAGCUUUGCCAUUUUAACUCAACGCCCUUCCCUGACGAGGGAAAGCAGCUAAGGCCCAGGUCCCUCCUCAUUCAACCUAGAACAUACCAUGGCUGAGACUGGGGAAGAGGAGACAGCAUCAGCAGAAGCUUCAGGGUUCUCAGACUUGAGUGACUCGGAGUUGGUCGAGUUUCUGGACCUGGAAGAAGCCAAAGAAUCAACUGCUUCACUUAGCAAGCCUGGCCCUUCUUCUGAACUCCCUGGGAAGGAUGGCAAACCUGGAAGCUUGCAGAACUGGAAAAAUGGAUCAGAUGUCUUGUCGCCCAUGGAGAGAUUCCAUUUGAAAUAUUUAUAUGUCACUGACCUGUGUACUCAGAACUGGUGUGAAUUGCAAAUGGUGUAUGGAAAGGAACUUCCUGGGUCUUUGACACCUGAGAAGGCAGCCGUUUUGGACACUGGUGCUAGCAUCCACCUAGCAAAAGAACUAGAACUUCAUGACCUUGUGACUGUCCCCAUCACCACUAAAGAAGAUGCCUGGGCAAUUAAGUUUCUGAACAUACUAUCAAUGAUUCCUACCCUACAGUCAGAAGGGCGCAUCAGAGAGUUUCCUGUGUUUGGGGAAGUAGAGGGCAUAUUUCUUGUUGGAGUGAUUGAUGAGUUGCACUACACAUCCAAGGGGGAGCUGGAGCUCGCCGAACUCAAGACACGAAGGCGCCCAGUGCUCCCUCUGUCAGCUCAGAAAAAGAAAGACUAUUUCCAAGUUAGUCUAUAUAAAUAUAUCUUUGAUGCCAUGGUACAAGGGAAAGUGACUCCUGCAAGCCUAAUCCAUCAUACAAAAUUGUGUCUAGACAAGCCACUGGGACCUUCAGUGCUGAGGCAUGCCCGACAAGGAGGCUUCUCUGUGAAAUCUUUGAGCGACCUCAUGGAACUGGUUUUCUUGUCUCUUACGCUGUCUGAUCUCCCAGCUAUUGAUACCCUAAAACUCGAGUAUAUCCAUCAAGAGACCGCCUCUGUAUUGGGCACAGAGAUUGUAGCGUUUGAAGAGAAAGAAGUGAAGAGCAAGGUGCAGCAUUAUGUGGCCUACUGGACGGGCCACCGAGAUCCCCAAGGUGUUGAUGUAGAAGAGGCAUGGAAAUGUCGGACCUGUGACUAUGCAGACAUCUGCGAAUGGAGGAGGGGCUGUGGAGCGCCCAGCUCGACACUGGAGCCCAAAGACAGACAACUGAAAUAAAUGGAAGUUACACUGAGAAAUGUUGAUCAUUUCUGUUCUUAAUAUACCUAUAUAAAAGGAUCUGUCUCUCAGCUUGGCUUUCAUGGAUCAGGAAUGAAUGGAGAGAUUUGGGGUUGGAGCUUCGAGAUGAAAUGGAAAGAAGAGAGAUGUACACCAUAUCUGCAGCAAAAGGAGACCUCAGUAAUCACUGUUUUCUCAAGGAAAUCAUUUGGGUUCUGAUGUUUUUUAUUUUUGAUGAUUUUUUUUUUACAUUUUUCAUAAUAAAAAUGAAGUGCUGUCUAGAA